UAAAAGCUAGCACUUUGAAGGAGCUACGACUGUCCUUUUAGCAUUUCAUUUGACAUUUAAUUAAUUACUGUUCUUGAUAAUUCUGUUUCGUGUCAACUUCAAAAAGGUAGAACGUAAUAAGCUCUCGUCUUUAAUCAAAUACACCGUUAGUUUCUCGGAAUUAACGAUGAAUAACAGGCCGGCGCUAAUGCUAGUCAGUUAGCAUUACUUCGAUAGCACCACGCAAAUUUGAUUUCUGACGUCCAGCUGCCAUAAAGUUACCUUUAUAUUUAAACCGAGAGUCCGUGCUUGUUUGCUAAGCUUCCCUGGGGAGAAACGUGUAAUCAAAACGUCUCUUUUUUUUAACGUGGCGCAGACAUGGCAGCGGACUGGUUGGGUAGUUUGGUGUCAAUUAACUGUGGGCCAACACUGGGAGUCUACCAAGGAGAAGUGGUGUCCGUGGACCAGUCCAGCCAAACCAUCUCCUUAAGGCAACCUUUCAAUAAUGGAGUCAAGUGCCCUGUUCCUGAGGUCACAUUCAGUGCCAUGGACAUAAAAGAACUCAAGAUUUUAGAUAUAAAAUGUGGCAAUGCUAGAAAUGGCUCUUUCGCAACCACCAAGGCAGGGAGUGCCCCAGUUGCAGUCCCAAUGGGUGAUCCCAGGUCCGUGGAGAAAGUCAACUCUCCUCAGCACAGCUCCAAAAGCUACGGAGAACGUCACCUAGACAUACCUGGCCAGCCAAAAGCAUUUCGUAGAAGACACAACUCCUGGUCAUCUUGUAGUCGAGGGGUGAACCAAGUGACGCCGAAGAAGAACGGCGCGAAGAAUGGUCAGAUGAAGCCCCGAGAUGACGAGUGUUUUGGGGAUGCCGUGGAUGACGGGCUAGAUACGGAUUUUGAUUUUGAAGGAAACCUGGCUCUUUUUGACAAAGCAGCGGUUUUCUCAGAAAUCGAUAUAUCCGAGCGCCGUAAUGGGGCGAGGUCACGUGGGACUCCUCAAGAUCAGACACCAACUCGGUACCGUCACGAUGAAAACAUCCUGGAAGCCAAACCCAUUGUGUACAGACAGAUUACCGUACCGCAGCCUGGGGCCAAAGAGUACUGCACCGAUUCUGGGCUGGUUGUUCCCAGUAUAUCCUAUGAACUACACCAGCGACUGUUGUCAGUCGCUGAGCGCCAUGGCCUCUCGCUGGAGCGAAGACUUGAGAUGACUGGAGUGUGUGCAAGUCAGAUGGCACUCACAUUGCUGGGUGGGCCCAACAGAUUCACUCCCAAAAAUCUGCACCAGCGUCCCACAGUUGCUCUCCUGUGUGGGCCUCAUGUUCAGGGGGCUCAGGGCAUCAGCUGUGGCCGUCACCUGGCCAAUCACGAAGUGGAGGUCAUCUUGUUUCUGCCCAAUUUUGUUAAGAUGCUCGACUCAGUCACCAGCGAGCUCACCCUCUUCAACAAAACUGGUGGCCAACAGGUGUCCAGUAUCAAAGACCUCCCAGACAGUCCAGUAGAUCUAAUCAUAAACUGUCUGGACUGCCACGAGAACACAUUCCUGAUGGAUCAGCCGUGGCACCGAGCAGCUGCAGACUGGGCUAACCAGAACCGAGCACCAGUGCUCAGCUUGGACCCUCCUGUUAGUGGAAAGGCACAGGCAGUCGAGGCCAAGUGGUCCCUCUCUCUCUGCCUCCCCCUGCCCCUGGCUGAAGGGGCUGGCAGGGUUUACCUGUGUGACAUAGGCAUUCCCCGACAGGUGUUCCACGAAGUGGGAAUCAAGUACAUUUCUCCCUUUGGCUGCAAAUUUGUCAUCCCCUUGCACGCUGCAUAAUGGGACUAGUUGGUAAACAACACUCUUCUGUGGCCACACACAAGGUUACGGGGCCUUA